AUGUCGUCGUUUGUCACAAUGGCCAACAAUGCUGUUGAUAUCGACGAGCAGGAGCUCUCGGAGAGGUCCAAUGAUGAAGAAGAAGAGGAAGACGAUGAGGAAGAUGAAGAGGAGGAUGAAGAUGACGACUCUGACGAUGAGUCAUCUUUUGAUGAAAUGAGUGUGGGUGUAGCCCUUGAGCUGCCCAAACGUCAUACACGUGGCAAAAAAUAUACCCAACUUUUGGGUGAGGAGCUGGAGAAGGACCAGCAAUUUUGGGGUCACAAUACUUGGGAAGAAGAGGCAGUUGAUGAAGAUUACAACUGCAGUGAGGGAGAAGAGCAAUAUGCUUACUCUACUGACUCCGAUUUCGAUGACCCCGAAACUGAUAAAUCUGACGAAGAAGAGGAUGAGAGUCAAUAUAAGGAAAAGAAGAAACGCCGUCACGGUACCUAUGUGGAUCCUGCCCUUCAGCGUCAAAAGCUUGUUCGCAAAACAAUGCAAAAACAGAAUUCCAAGAAAUCUUCCAGUGAUGUUAAAAAUCGCAACCGAGAACCAUCAUCGCAACAAAUAGAGAUCAAUGUCAAUCGUUCAGUCCGUGCAUCUACAAAGAGUAAAACAGCUGCUACCAACGAGAUGGAGCGUAUGCGUGAUAUGCUUAAAAUAGAAUCGGCCGCUGUUGCGGCUCAGAAGAAACGUGUUCCGAAACAGCAGCGUCUUACCCAGGAACAGUUGAUGGAGAUGGCCCGUCAGACAGAAGCUGCUAACACUCGUUCUCUUGAGACUAUGCAGGCUUGGGAGGACGAGAAGAAGUAUUACGAUGAUAUAAAGAAAUGGAAUUACAAGGGCCAUUACGACAUUUGGGUUUGCUGGAAUUCACUACUUUCUAUCGUCAACAAGGGUCCGGAUGGUGAACAGGAAGCUCAAACAAUACCAUCACAACAUGUUGAUGAGAAGCCACUGGAGUUGUAUAUGUUUACCAGUGGUAAGUUACCUGAUUACUACAUAUCGCAGAGCGGCGACAAUAAGAUCUUAUUAAAAGAUCAACGCCCAGUUUGUGCAAUAACUGGAGAGCCCGCGCGUUAUCGAGAUCCGUUGACAGGUCACCAUUACAGCAACGCUGAUUCUUACAAGGCCCUUAUGAUUAACCAUUCUGAUUCCGCCAAUCGUCAUAUGUCAUUAGAGCUUGAUCGUAUAGAAGAUAUAAGUGAUAUGAAUUCGGGUGUAAAGUCAUUGGAACAGCAUCCGCUGCCUGAGCGUUGUCGUUUUACAAUGCAACAAUGGCUCUAUCGACGAACGUCGCACACCCGAAGAUAUAAACGAUGUUAUAUGGUUCUUCAUAAUGAUAGGCUCUAUUCAUUUCGUAAACCUCCUAAUUAUCGAAAAUGUGAUUCUGAAAAUUUAUCUAUGGUCCUUAGGUACGCCACUGCAAGCUGGAUGAUUGCAGGUGCUGAGCUUAAGGCAGAUACACAGGGAGCGCGUGGAUUCUAUGAAUGGAAGAUUAUAGUUAAGUCACCUAAACGUUAUUUAGGUGACGAAAAUGGCGUAUUUACAACUGCUCGUGGUAAACUGGCAUUUUACCGUUAUAUUCCAGGGGAAUACAAAACUAUAAAUGAUAUUUUUAGAGAUAUCGAUGCUGGUAACCGUGUCACUAACAGUGGUAUGAAGCCAUACACUGAUGACAGGACAGUCUGUUUGGCUACAAAUAACUAUAAAGUAGCAUCUGACUGGUUACAAGCAGUAUUGUGUACAGUUCGUUAUGGUUCUCUACGCAACUUUGUUGCCCAGAACGCUCUGCGUACAAAGUACCUUGCUUUCAGGCUGCCACUUUAUCUCCUCUAUCUGGAAUAUUUCCCCAAAUCGCAGAACGUGGAAACUGCACCGCGCCGAAAAGCAGCCUUCACUUUCAUGAAACUGAGAGUGUUGGAAUUGCUGCACAUACCACUCCCCGAGGAGACAUCAAUAUCGUGUAUAGUGGAAUAUAACAGCAGUUUCUAUGUUUUGAACUUACCAACGAUUUCACAUGGAACACAUGUGGAUAUACCUAAAGUGGUAUCCAAUGUAUCUGCGAUGGAUGAUGAACAUCAUACGCCUGAUGGAGGUUCCCAACCUUCGAAAGACCGUCUGGCAUCAUUGGUUAGUGACACAUGUAACAACCCUGUCGUUAAUGCAGCUUUGAACAAAGAAUCUAUCAAACGUCCUUCCGUUCAAGUGAGCAAACAUGACAUAUCUGGUGUUACUGAAGUUAACGAAGAUGACCGUGUUAAGCAGAAAUCAAAUGCUAACACGUCUGCUCCCCAGGGUUACAACGUGUUGUCAAAGCUUUGGGGUCUCAACAAAGGUUCAGAAAAAAGGAAAGUGGUUAUUAGCAAACGUUCACAUUUGUACUGUGACGAUGCCUGCGUCUAUAUACCAAUAUACCAGAAUUGUAGUCAAGAUUUUGUAUGGGUACAUGUGGUCACUACCAAUGAUAUUUAUAUCGGCAGUGCUGCACUAUCAAAUUGUGACUUUGCAAUUACUGAACCUGCCAAGCCCAAAACAUGUAUCCUCAAACACAUUGAGACAAUCAACCCGCUGAACCCAAAAAGGCUUAACAUAUCAGAUUGUUCGAACCCCUGUUCCGUGGUUCAAACGUCAAAUGUAAGCGCAAAGGUACCGGAAUCUGGAUAUAUCGUAUUAUCAGUGGUAACACCGAAACAUUAUGGUAAUUUUAUGGACCCGGUCACUCUAUCUCACAAUUCUCCACAGGAGUACUUGGUGAAUGCUACCAAGGCGUCAACUUCUGGUGGUUUACAGAUGCUGAUGUCAAACAUCAAGCGUGUGGUUGCGGCAUACAGGACCACAAAGACUUUGGCUGGGUAUAUUAGAAAGGUACUUCAGUUCAAUAACACGCCAUUAUCAUUAUUUUGGUUGAUAUAUUGUGUUGUUGGCUUAAGUUUGUACCCGGACAAAUUUCUAUUGUUUGUCAUGAUGGCGCUUAUAUAUUAUUCGAUGAGGUGUCAUUCGGAUUCUACGAAGUGGGUUACUAACCUUUUAUUAGACUACCCCGUGCUCAUAGCAAUUUUGCCUAGGCGAUUCACACGUCGUUUCUUGGUACUGCCUAAGCCGGUAUGUAUAGUCUGUACUAAGCGCAAAACCUUUUUACAUGCUAACAGUUACCCAGUCAACGAACCUGUGAACACCCGUGUGAUAGCCACACGCAGGAUCCAAUUACAUGACCGUAUAAUGCGGCGUCACCUAUAUUCGUUGUGCAUUGACGGAGGUGGCGAUAAGGAACGCAUAGUGAGCAUUGAGCACCGGGACCAUCCAAUGCUUACACCCAAAAGGGCCAUGAACACCCACGUGACGUAUACUGCCCAUAUGGGCACUCAUUUGGAAACUUGUAACCACCGUGGUAUAGUACAUUCGUACCUAGCCGGGUUAUUUCUAAAUCAAUUGGAUGUAGGGUCUUUUGAUAAUCUGAGACAAUGUGAUGGUCUGGCCAUGAUGAAAGGAAUGCAUUCUAUAUUUUACAACCCACCUCCAUACCCGUGGGACGUUGUACCAUGGUUGCAGAAUGUUAUACUGACGGUGAAAUAUCUUGCCAUGACUAUGUUUAUCACAGUUGCUGGUGGUAUCAAUAAUAUGCAGACUCUACAUUUGCUGCAUAGGAACCGUAUUUCUAUGAAGCUGAAUGUUGAGCCUGUAUUGCAGCAAACCGAUGAUAUUUUACAACGUCGACAUGUAUGUAUGCAGGAAACGGUAUACCAUCUUGAAUCGCCUCAAAAGGAAUGGUAUGAAAAUGAACGUAAAUCUGUUUUGGGUACCUAUAGCAAGGAGCAUCUUAGGUUUUACGAACGACCUCACCUAUCAACUGAGGAUGGUGUUAAGGUGUUUAUACCUGGGAGUGUCCUUGUUACUGCCAAGGUUGUUAUAAACGAUGAUACUGACGAAAAUGGGUGGAUGUAUUCUAAAAGUUGGAACUCAGUUUGGUACAAAGAGCCACACGCGUUAACCUUUGUUCGACGGCGCAAAUGGAUAGCAGCCUAUAAGAGUGUGAGUAUAUUUCCAAGCCCUGAAUCAACACCUAAAAGUACUAUGUCCAUGUUGCCGCGCGAAGCAAACCGUAAUUUGUUGGAGGGUAGCGUACGUCACAGAACACCUAUGUUAUCUGGCGACCUUCGUCAUGUGAAAUGUGACAUGGCAUACUAUCGAGGUACUUACAAAGGUGAUCUCGGCAAAUUAGCUGGCGGUCGCAAAUUGUCAAUUCCACCUCAUGUGGUUAAGGAGGAAACUAAAAUUUCUUUUAAUGAGACCACCACGCAACCUUUAUGCGACCGGUUAGAUGACCAAAAGUCUCAUCAACGUGAUGACACUGCAGUUAACGGUGUUAAAUCUACAGCAUUGGAACGUACAAAGAAAGGGAUACCUAUUGUGAAAUCACCUGUGGAUCAUAUCGAGGUUACACCAAUAGAGAGGUGUGAAUCUAAAUCACGAUUCCGUUUUUUCUCUUUACGGAAACGAAAAUCACGUGGUUCAGCGAGUGCAGCUGCCGAUAGUUUUGAUAAUGGUGAAGUGUCGAAGCAAAACGUAAAACCUGAAGAGCCUGUAGUUGAACCUGAGGAACCUUUGAAAGAGCCUACUAAGGAACCAGAAGAUGGUCCAUUUUUACCAUCUACAGGAACUAGCUACUGUAUCGAUGAGCCGGAUGAUUUUGAUGAUUGGAUAACUGAUGGUGAGGAUGGUUUAUCAGAAUCUGGUCCUAUGCAUCGUAAUUCUCUUCAGAAUCUUUUCACUUUUGUGAUAACAUUUAUACCCUGUCUCCUUUUGGACCUUUUUCGUCUUAUUUUGAAGAUAUUUUCAUUCUUCGCCUCAUUUGCAAUACCGCAGCGACACGAACCGGGUCUGGGUGAGGAACGGGACAUUUUCGGUGAUGAGCAUUCCGUGUUACCGCCGGGUGUUGGUCGGGGCAAGAGUUCCCCUGGCUGUAGCCUGCUGUUUAAGUCAGGAAGGUAUCAUUUUUAUAUACGUCGACCUAAAAGUGGUUGUUCUAUAUUACGCGCUAAAAAGCGCAUUCGUAAUGCAGCGAAGGGCUAUAGUAUAAUUGCCCCUGGCAUUGGCAAGUCGCGCAAAAGUAUGCGCCCGAAUAUACUGUUUAUUCAUACAAGGCAAGAGGUUGUAAAGGUUGAUGAUGAUGAUUAUGAGCCUCUUUCGGUUAUUUCUGAGGAAGACGAUUCCCCCCUUCGGGACGAGCCAGAUGGCCGUAUGCUUGGCCUAAACGGUAACGAUAGUGAAGAGUCUGAACCUGAAGAGACGUCAUCUGAUUCUAGUAAUGAUGAUUAUCGUUUUGACAGCGCUACGUUGGAUAUAGAUUUUCUUAAUCUUCACACUCCACGUUCAUACGACGCUGAUGAGCCAGUUUUGGAGAAUGGUAUGGCGGAUACAACGCCGUCUUCAACGAAUACUACGCGUCGUAAACGUGGAAGGCUGUAUUCCUACAUUAAAAGUAUCUAUGUCAACCGUAUAAUGAAACGUCAAUCUGAUAUGGACCACGUUAGUGUGGUUCCUGAGGAUACAAAGCCAUCAUCUGAUUAUGAUGGUCUUGACAGUAGUGACGAUAUGGAAUCUGAGCACAAGGUGACCGUUUUGGGGAUGUUACGUAAAGCUCGAGGUCAGAUUGUUGUAGGUAAUUAUUACCUAAACCUUUUUUCUAUGCGUUAUGAGAAGUUUCUGAACCUCUUUUCUUGGCGUCACCCUAGUGUGACUUACUUGGUUAUGGUUAUGUGUUUCACAUUAUUGGUUAGUAACUACUUCAUUGGAGCUAACUGGAUUCUUUUAUUAUUUGUAGUGAUGCAUUUCAGAUCAGGUUACGUCGCUGGUACCUGGGAGCGUAACAUCCGUUGGAGUGUAGAACGUCAUAUAGACUUAUGCCUUUCUGAUCUUGAGAUAUAUCGUCCAUUUUGGGACCUUACAAAUCGUCAAGCUACAUCAUUAUCUAAAUCAAUCUAUGCUUUUUCUCAGGUUGAUAUCCCAACUGCGGUGAUCCGUGAGUCGGCGACACGUCGUGACCUUGCUCAAGCUGUCACUAUAAAAAUAGUUGAACAAAAAUUAUGUAGAAAUUGGGAACGGCGCAAUUGGCUCUUAAACCUAAAAAUGGAACUUGCACUUUUUAAUGCUAAAUAUGGUUACCUUGAAGGUAUAGUUCGAGGUUAUCGUGGUACAUUUCUAACUCCCAUGGAUUAUAAGAAGAUGAAAACGGCCGAGAACCUUGAUGAUCUCCGAACUAUCCUUGAGGGCACAGAUUAUGGAACGGCAUUUUUUAAUGAUCAAGAUGUAACUACUACUUCUGGUAUAGUGAAAAGAUGUAAUGAGAAGCUUGCAAAUGACUUCGCUUACCUCUGCCAGCAAUCUGAUGGUAAAUUGGCCUUGUUUCUAGACUUUAUAGCGAGAGAGAAAAUGAUCGAUAAUCUCAUCGCAGUGUUACAAGGUGUUAGUAACAAGAAGACUCCAGAAGAACUUAUGGAACGUAUAGAUCCUAUAGGAUGGUUCCGUGGCGUGGAAACAUUAAUGGAUGCUGAUAUGUGCCAAUCGGUGGAAGACCUGCAUCGUAUUAUCCUCUGCGAUACACCUAUCGGACGGUACUUUGAAAGGUUCCUUCCCAGUGUUUCUGAAACCAACAAGAAGUCGGUACUGGAUCCUUCUAGUAUCACACUACUCAAAAGUUUCCUUAAGAGAGCUUGGCUAGAGGAUUUCUAUGAGUUCUCAAUAUCACUUGGAGGGACAUCGGCAGAAGUUAUGGGACACAUAUUACGUACUGAGGCCGAUUUCAGGGAUCUAGCACUUACGUUAAACUGUAUUAACCUCAGCUCAGUUGUGCAGGACCGCAACAAACUAUACACAAGUAUAGGUUACCUAUACCCCCAUGGCACAGAACGUCUUUGUAAAGCCUUCAAUGAAGCUACUCUACAACAGGCCCUAGCGCCAUAUCCCAAAUACGCAAGGUUAUACGAUAUGUGCAAGGGGACAAUGAACCGGAGUGAAGGACGAAUGUCAAAGUUCGACAGUAGCGAACGUUCUUUGGAAGACCAUUUUUAUGCCGCUAGUGUCAAAUUGUGUGAAGAGUGUUUUGAACAACAGUUACAUUUCGGCACAUUCUACGCAUGGCUUAAACUUAAACAGCAAGAGAUCAGAAACGUUGCAUGGAUUGCUGAUAUGAUUUUACUAAAAAGACCGGAACAGUUUGCAAGAGUAUUGCCUAUAUUCGAACCGCGUGUAUAA